AUGGGCCGUGCCGCUUUUCAGCUAGGGAACGGGAGGGUCAAUGUGGACGCUUCCACGCCAGCACGCCACCGCACACUCAUUCUCGAUCUCGGUGACGUGCUCUUUCAUUACUCUUCUCGCUAUCUCACAGCCCUUUCUCGUCAAGAAUUCCAGGCAGUUCUUCUGACUCCCACAUGGGCCGAGCUUGAUCGCGGUCACAUUGGCGAGGACGAAGCUCUCGCAAAGAUAGGCAAAGAUCUGUCCCUAGACCCAAUAGCAAUAAAGGAAGGUUUGACACAAUGCCGCAAAACCCUUUGUGUAGACAAGGAUCUCGUCGAUGAGAUUGCAAAGAUCAAGAAAGAGAUGGAUGGGCACCUCAAGGUCUACGCCAUGAGUAACAUCUCCAAGCACGACUUUGCACAUCUCAAGACUGUGCUGUCUGACUGGAGUAUGUUUGAUGGCGAAUUUACGUCGUGUGACGCUGGCAUGGCCAAGCCCGAGCUCAACUUUUACAAAUACGUCCUUGAUACAAUUGGCGUCAGUGACCCGUCAUCGGCCAUUUUCGUCGACGACAAAAUCAUCAACGUCACUGCAGCACGCUCCUUUGGAAUUCAGGGCAUCGUCUUCAAAUCAGCACCAGCUCUCCUCCGCCAAUUGCGAAACACGCUCUUCGACCCUGUCGUCCGGGCACGCAAGUAUAUGGCCAACAACACACACAAACACACUUCACGCAUAGAAGACGGUACAGAGUUCCCUGAACGAUUCUCUCAGUUUCUCAUACAAUGGGAACUCAAAGAAACCUCAUGGCUCACCCUAUCCGUCCCCGGUGCCUCAGAGGCCCAAAUCAAAGCCGACAUCCAAAAAGCUUCUUCCGAAGCAAGAACCUGGAACUACUUCAACGGCACCCCCGUAGGCACAACAAAAACAUUCCCCGACGACGUCGACGACACAUCCAUGGCCCUCCUCGCCUUCUCCCCACCCCGCUCCUCCGCCAACCCCAUCCUCGACCUCAUGGCCAAAUGCCGUCACACUAGAGACAACCUCGUACGAACCUACUUCGACCCCAACCGGCCCGGGCUCUGCCCUUUUGUGCUGGUAAACGUAAUCCGCGUCUUUUACCACUACAACCGCGGCAGCGAAGUAAAACCCGAACUCGAAUACGUCACCCGUAUCCUGCUUAACCGCGCCUACGUAAAUGGUAGCGCAGUUUAUAACUCCGCAGAACCGUUUUUGUACUUUAUGGCCUGUCUGGUUGAUGCGAAUCAGAGUCAGCCUGAGAUUCAAGCCCUGAGAGAGCCGUUGGCGAUGGCGCUGCGAGAAAGGGUCGGGCAGAAAGAUGAUUCGUUUGCCGUUGCGGCAAGGGUGCUGUCGUGUCAGAAGUUGGGGGUUUGGGCCCAGUCCGAUAUUGAGUAUCUCAAGGAGCUGCAGGAGUGCGAUGGAGGCUGGGAAAUUGGCUGGGUGUGCAGGUUUGGAAGGUCGCAGAAGAAGAUUGGAAAUCGGGGUGUGCCUACGGCGUUUGCUAUCAAGGCGCUUGAGCAUGAGUACCGGAUUCAGGGCGAACCGUGA